CCGAUCGUAGAGUAAACGUCACUUUCACAUGUGAUUUGUUGCGUUGUGCGGUUUAUAGUUCACACAUUGCAACUUACUUUACUUUCAAUUCCUGUUUAAAAGUUGUCCAAAAUGCCUAGAAAACGGAAACUAGAAUCAAAAGAGAGCAUCGCUCAAAAAACGUCACCUGUCGAAGUUGUAAUAGAAGAUGUUAUUUCGCAUCCGUUAUGUAUGCACGGACCAACUCUGUUAUUUUCAACAGAAAAAGGUCGCUUCUACGCCUGUGCCUCGUGUAGGAACAAGGAAUGUACUGUGCAUAUAGAUGAAGAAGACUGGCAGAAAGAGAAUGUUAGGAAACGUAACGAGAAGUACUAUAGUUUAAUACCUAAAAUCGACAAAACGGCGGCAUGGAGUAACUAUAGUGAGAUAAAAUCACGACAUUAUGCAGAUCGUGCUUUCUGCAACACUUGCGAGGAAUUGUACGCACUCUCAGAAUCGUCGAAAAAACAUGGAAAAGAUCACAGAGUCAUCACACCAUUGACAGAUGAGCAGCUUAGCCGUCCCACCACCUGGUUACCAAUGUUGGAGAAUGAUUCCGUGGAAGCUCAGUACAUGUUCACCAAGAAAUCCAUAAGCACAGUCUUUGGAAUUCUUAAAAACAAUAAUAUCAGCAACAUUCUCUGUAUUGGCACUCCAUCCAUCCAUGAAGAGGCACAGUCCCUGCCUGACUUCACAUCCCUUCUCCUGGACUAUGAUAAGCGCCACCACCUAUUCCAGCCGCCAAAACAGUUUGUGUGGUACAACAUGUUUAACAAUUACAUGUUUAAUGGAAAUGAAGAUGAGAAAGUGCUCAAGAAAUUCUUCAAGAACUCUCGCGAUGGUGGCAUCUGUAUAGUAUUGGAUCCACCUUUCGGCGGUCGUGUGGAACCACUAGUACAAACCCUGAAAGAGCUCACAGAGUUAUACCGGCAAGUUUUAGACAAGCCAGGCGAAGGCCUGUUACCGGUUCUAUGGGCUUUCCCGUACUUCUCAGAGCCCUAUAUUACUAAUAUGGCGCCAGAAAUCAAGAUGCACGACUAUCAGAUUGAGUACACAAACCACAAGAAAUUCCUGAACAGAACGAAAGAUGGUAGAAAAUUCGCCUCACCGAUCCGUUUCUUCACAAACCUGCCGCUCCGUACGAUUGACUUAUCAAACGAUUCCAACUACAAGUUGUGUAACAAGUGUAAAUUCUAUGUGUCUGCUACAAAUAAUCACUGCUACAAAUGUGGCGGGUGUACAAGUAAGAACGGAAUGACAUACAAACAUUGUGAUGUUUGCAAGAGAUGCGUGAAGCCGACAUUCUUUCAUUGCAAAGCUUGCGGGAGAUGCGCUCAGGAACGAAAUCACCAGUGCGGUGUUGUUGUUGAGAGUCAGUCUUGUUUCAACUGCAAACAAACUGGGCACAAGAAAACAGCCUGCCCCCAGCUACAGGGAAGGAAUAACAAUAAAAAGAAACGAAAAAGUGCAUAAUUGAUAAUCAUUAUAUUAUUUACAAUAAAGCAUUUAAAACA